UGGCUUUAAGUGGCCUAUUUACCUGACUUCCUCUUGGUGGGUAACUAUGGUAACCGCGAUUUGUUUUCCCCAUGGCUGGACGUUCCAUCCCUUGCCGACUGAAUCUUGCAUGUCAUGGACAUUCUUUGGUAGCGAUCUUGCUGGUGUUGUAUGUAGCUAGAGUAUAAGUAGGCUACUGCAAGUAAGUUUUGCGAUGUCGAAAAUUAGACUUACGUUUUAAUCUGUUGUUAGGAAACUGCGUCCUCGGUCGUCAAUAUGGCGUGAAAGCUAGGCGCUGCUUCCUCUGUGUAGCUAGCGUAUUUGAAAUGUCACUUGUUUUUGGUUUGUUGCGCAUGAUUCUUUGGAUUAGUCUUCCACUAGUGUACUUUCGGAUCUGAAUCUAGUGUUUUUCGACGCUGUCAGAAUGAGAACGCCCCAUCUGAGACCCAGAUAGCAAUAUUCAACUUGGCUAAAGUUAUUGCUAGCUCAUGUUAGCAACUCGCUAACCUUAUAUUUUAAAGAACCCGAUAUUGGCAUUGGGGGUUGACAUGCACAGUUCUACAAGCCUCCGUCACACACAUUUAUCUGACCUCAGUUUCUUGUCCUCGAUCAGGCUCCAAAGUUGCCAUUAUUUUUUUUCCUCUGGUUUCCCAUGGUUCACAGAGCUAUUGACCAAAAUGUACCCACAUACAAUAUAAUUCAUAUGAUGGGCGUUGUUGUUAAAUGAUAGUUGUUGGUUGGAAGGUGAUUGAGCAUGGCCUAUCCUUUUUGCCAAAAACAUGGGAGUAUUCAAGUCGUAUGGUAGUGUGUGUGCUUGGCUUUAGUUCGUGACUACCUCAUAUGAAACAAUAAAAAGGUGGGAUGGAUUAUGAUGGGACUCUUGAGCGGCAAAUGUUGCUGCAAGAGCAGAAGACCUGCAGAGCCCGUGCACAUAAAUUCUAUUUAGAGACUAGCCGACGCAGAAAAGUUUUGGAGGAUCGCAGGAGGCAGUGGGAUGUCCAAGAGCAGACGAUCAGGGAGAAUGUCCUGCAGCUGCGCAAGCAGAGGAUGCAGGAAGAUACUGAGCGUUACCAGAGGGCGCACAUACGGCCUUCUCAAAGGAGGAGGCCAGCAUCCAUGAAAAGGGCUGUAAAUAUUGAUGAAGCACUCAGUCUCAUAAAUGCUCGUGGGGCUUAUGAGAAAACUUCCGCCUCCUUUCUGACCAACACCUAUAUGGGCAGGAAUAGUACUCCUCCCUCAAGGCCCUACACAUUUUCCAACUCUGUACGACCGCCGUUGGUCAUAGAGGCCCACACUAAGCAGGAAGAGAGACAGAGAAACUACAGAACCAGUCAGCAAUUCUUUCUGAAUGACUUACAGGAGACACAGGGUUUGCUGAAGGAUGGAGAAGCCAUUUACCCUUGGGAAAAACAUGCCAAUCAGCCUAGUCCAACUGGGAGCCUGUCCAGUCAGGACAGUCUAGAAAUAGAGGAGCUUCAAAACAGGCAGCACCUGAAGUGUGGAAGUUGUUUUCAGUCUUCACCGACAACCUCAGACAAAGACAGCCCCCAGACACCAGAGACGUACCCCAACGGACUAUGUCCAUCAUCGGAUAUUGCCCUUCAUCAAACUAAAAACGGCCUUUCUGAGUUCUUUAUCCCACCUUCCACAGCAGUGUCCCCUCUCCUUAGAGAUGAGUUUGCUAUUGAGAUUGGGAGUCUUCAUCGCCUCACACCAGCAGGUCUAAAGGACCCUUCACAGGAAAUCCGGGAACAAGGCACUUUGGGCAGUCGUAGCCUGUGUGUUCAUCAGAUAACUGAGGAUAAUCCAGGCUAUAUGACAGAUCAUAAUUGUAAUAGAGCUGUUUCAGAGACUGCUGAGCUAGACAAAGAAACUGUGGUUAGCCAUGGCAAAACAUCAGCCUGUCUGGGCCCUCGAUCCACAGAGCUAACAUGUUGGGCACAGGAGUGCAGAACACUCUCGGACCAGCUGAGAAGUCCAAAGGCAGACCAGUCUGAUCGUCGGUUGACCAUAGAAGUUGUACAGGCACCAAAUAUCUGUAAACAAAGAGAUACUUCUUGCAAGAAUUCAUCUUCUGCUAUUGGUGUAAUCUCCCAGAGAAUGUUCGGAUCAGAUAGCCAGACAAAUGACACAGUAAAUUCACAUCAGCCAAAUAGGCCACAACCAAAUGCAGGUACUAUGCACAGAGAAGAAGCAAAUGGAAAGCUUUCCCAAACCACAACUGCCUAUCCUUUCUCUAUGGGCACUAAUGUCAGAAUCUUGAAAAGCAUCCUUAAAAAACGAUCAAAGUAUGAGGCAGAAGAAACAAAGUUCCUGUACAGCCCAGGUCAUUUAAUUAUCACAAGGCGCAUUGCGAUGUCCCUCAGAGACAGUUUAGAGUUGAUGAGAGGGAAAACGGAGCCAGAAAACAACAAAACCGUGAAGAAGAAACUGCGUUGGCUUGAUGAAGUAAAUGUUGAAAACCAUGAUAAGACGGUUAAGGACUCAACUAAAAUUAGACCAACCGUUGGCUACCAGCAGGGGUUGAACCAAAUGGCCUGUGUACAUGCUGAACCAGUCAGCACCAUUUUCACUGGCCCGGCUGACCCUCAGUGUCCUUCUGCCAGACAGGCAUGGACAGACAUUGCUGUACAGGACAGCACACUACAGGAAUACCCUCAAGAGGGGCUGAAAACACAGAGAGCCUUUUUGUGCUUAAGUGUUCCCAAAGUUCCCAGGAGAGUGCGGUCUGGACAUGCUCCCUCCCGUGUCAGAAAGGACAUUACCUUGAGACCUCAGUCGGCCACUGAGGCUAGCCAUAUGAUCAAGAACCAAAGGAAGAUGAUAGCUCCCUGCCCCCCUCCUAGGCCUGAGGUGUUAGACAGACAGACACCAGCCAACUCCACAAAGCCCAUGUAUGCUGAUGAGCAUAAGCAUAGCAGGUCGAUUCUUCCUGCAGACAAGACUCUACACAGGCACACCCCAGAUGGACAUGCUGUCUAUCCGCCUGAUGAAGGUGUUGUGUUUGCUCCAUGCCCUCCCUCUUCUGCUUGCCCUCCCUCUGAGACUGUGGCAAAGGGAAGAGUUUCCUUCAGCCAACAUGGUUCCCAUACCAGUGCUAGGAGAUGUGGGGCAACUUGUGGAGAAAAUGGCAUUUGCCUGAACCGUACACCUACAGAUGAUGAAAUAUCUCACCUUUGGAGUGGGGUCAGAAGUGCCUUAUCCACCAAGGAUGCUCUGCUUCAAGACGGCGCCAACCUGGCCCGGUUCACCGAUGAUUGUAUGAUUGGAGAUAUCAGAUCACUUGCAGGAAUGGGUGGCAUUUAUCCUUCCCCCCUCAAUGCCAGACGCCCUGCGAGAAGAGCUACACAGGAGGUUAACGGGAGCAAAAAACGGAUGUUGGUACAACAUAUGGUCCAAAGCCCUGGUUCAGGGAAUAAGCCGCUCAGUUUACCCAGCCAGGCAGCUCUGAUGACGCUACCUGUGCCAAGUAAAGUUCAAGAUCAAGGGCCUAGCCAGAGGAUGUGGCCACCGCAACACACUCCUAUCCUGAGCCUCAGCGGCCUGUCCUUGGAGGAGCAGAGAGUUCAGCAGUCUCUGGACAGGCUCAAUCAACGGCUGCAAUAUGUGGUAGGAGGCAACCCAUCAGUUAAGAGACUUUUUCAUAAUGAAGCCACACAUCACAAUAUGUCUGCAAAGCUUGGAGAGGGAACAAGCCCUGCCCCGCGAAGGCUCAGUACAGCAUUCAAUGCCCACUGAUCCCAGGCAAACAGAUGCUACUGAUGCUGAGAUUCAACAGUCCUUACAAUUGUUAAAACCUCAAGCACUUUUAAGAUGUGUGUGUGUUUGUAUGCUAAUUAAACAGAUUGUUUUACAUAUAUUUAAGUUAUUUAUUUGUAGAAAUAACAAAAAAUAAAUGUUGGAUCGUGAAAAGGCUUUGGCACAAUUCUGUUGUAAUUUUCAAUCCGAGUACAAUGAAAUAAUAUAUUUUUAUACCAUUAUUUAAUAUCUUAUAAUUAAAAACUUCUGAACAAUA